AGUACAGCUAGAGAUAAACAAGUCCAGGGUACUGAAUGACAGAAAAGGUCUAGACUUGACGCAACCCAUCACAGAUAAACCAACUAUCGAACAAAACCAAAUUGAGACGAUUUUGAAGAGUAUAGUGGACAGCUUGAAACAUAGAUUGCCUGAGAUGGAACUGGUUGACCAACUCAAAUACAUAAUCCACACCACAGCCAUGGAAUAUAUCUCGUUAAGUUUGGUGGACACGCAUGUCUCAGGUUUUCUGUCGCGAUUGUUUGGCCUGUUUGAUCAGGGAAAAAUGUACAGUAAAAAUAACUCGUAUUAUGACGUUAUGAUGAAGUUUCGACCAUCAAAGGAAUCCCUGAUGGAUCCCUAUGUUGAAGGCAAAGAUGGUGCAGUCAAUCUGAUGCAGAAAUAUUUCCAGAAUAUUGAUCCUUUUGUCGAUAAUUUUCUCAGACAAGCCCCCAGAAACAAGCAACAAAUACAUUUCCAAAAUCAAUUGCUAGUAAACCAUUGCAUCCUGAAAAAAUUGAUCAAUGAAUUGUCACUCAUAGAACAUAAAGAUGUCUACUAUGCUGCACUGAAGUUAAAACUGGACAAUUUUGAACGAAAAUUGGAUAAAAUGUCAGGAAAAUUUUUCGAAUACACAGUUUAUCAUAGUCGUGGUUUCCAAUCUUCACUGAAAUCCAUGGUUGAUUUUGAGAAUGAUCCAGUGUUUUCUGGAAUACCAAAAUCAAGAAGCUAUAAACAGAUUAAGGGAUCCGAGGGGUCUGUUGGAAGGGUGUUGGCAAUGUGGAUAUCACAGGAAAUUGUGCUGGCAAUAAUUGAUGAUGUAGACAUGUUCACAGCCAUCAACCAGUGUUUCUCUCACAUAGAAAAAGUGGACUCUGGUGAUGGUAGUUUCUGUAAUGGUUUUGUGGCAGAUGGUUGUUCCAUUUUGGAUAGAAUGGGUUGUAAGGGUUGUUUCAUACCGGUGUUCCAAAAAAUGAAUGAAUAA